GAAUUGGAAGUUUAGCAAAAGCCAAAGGGUCACACUUUUAAAAGGAGAGAAAAUGUGUCCAUUUCCAUAGCCUUAGGAGAUUGCAAGGAGAAGGCAAUGGAGUCAUUGACCACAGAUUUAGAAGACUUUGAAAACUCCGAAACAGCCUCGUUUGUCUCCUGGAACUUCUUACUAUUUGAUCUCUUCCACUCUGACUUCCCUUAUUAAUUAUACCAAAAAUCCCAUUUUACUUCUUCUUCGCUUGGAUUUCUGAACCACUUGACUGUUCAAAACAUACAGAAGGACCCAGAUCAGUUUCACAGCCAAAAAAACCCGAGACACUGGGAUUUUAAUUCUUUUGAACAAGUAGAAAUCCUUAUACUUCUGAACUCUUUGAAGAUGGCUGGGGUGCAAGAUCAAUUGGAGAUCAAGUUUCGGUUGACUGAUGGAUCAGAUAUUGGCCCCAAAAGUUUUCCUGCUGCUACAAGUGUUGUAACCUUGAAGGAAAGCAUUCUUGCGCAAUGGCCUAAAGAGAAGGAGAAUGGUCCAAGGACUGUUAAAGAUGUCAAGCUAAUAAGCGCAGGAAGAAUAUUGGAGAACAACAGAACAGUUGGGGAGUGCCGAAGUCCAUUAUGUGAUGUCCCUGGUGGAGUUACAACUAUGCAUGUCGUUGUUCAACCACCUUCAUUGGAGAAAGAAAAGAAACUGAUGAGUGAACCGCAGCAGAACAAGUGCGUUUGUGUUAUAUUAUAACUUUUUCUCUUCAGAUAGUGGGGAUAACAUCAUUUUUCGGUAAAGAGGGUUGGAGCUAGUAAUGAAAAUGAAGUUGGUAAAAUUGCACAGAUUGAUGCAACUCGGUUGGAAUUAUGCAGGCUUGCUGUCAAAGGUCACAGUUUGGUGCAGGUCCAUCAUCAUACUCUGUUUGUUGUCAAGUCCAUGAGACUAUGCUACAUCAUGCAUUCAUAUCUAAUAUUUUUAUGUAAAGAGUUCUUGUGGUACGGUACCUAUCGUAUUUAUUUUCAAGUUUUACACUUGAAGAAGUUGUUUCGUUCACAAUGUAAAUUUUUGAUGCUAUUAUCUUGAAUCAUAUUUUGUCAA